AUGGGUAUCCGAGACCUCCGAGACCUGACCAUGGAUGACCUGAUGGCCUGCAAGAUGACGGCCCAGGAGGCAGGACCCACUGCCAUGAGACUGAAGGAGGUGCUGGAAGGUGCCGAUGCCCUCCCUCUGCCCCAGCUCUGGAGACUGGUCAGCAAGCACGUCCUCCACCCGGACCUCCCCUUCCCGCUGCACGUCAAGCUCUACAAGGCCGCCUAUGCUGGCUGGGACGGGGAGGCGCAGGGCCCCCCACCGUCCUGGGUCCCUGACCCGGACGCCAUGCGUGACACCAACAUAGCUCGCUUCAUGCAGGAGUGGAAGGGCUCUGAGCUGUGGCGCCGGCUGCGGACCGGCGACCCCACCCAGGACUGGCCCCUGCUGCAGCAGAUCUCCUUCGAGGACCCCGAGUCCUUCUGGCCCGCUGUGCUGCAGCGCCUGCGCAUCCGCUUCCACAGCGUGCCCAGCAGGGUACUGGCCCGCCACGCCGACCCGGACCAGGUCUCCUGGUUCCCGGGGGCCAGGCUGAACGUCGCGGAGUGCGCGCUGGCGGGGCGCGACCCGGACCGCCCCGCGGUGGUGUGGGCCGAGGAGGGUACGCCCACGGAGCUGCACACGCUGAGCCUGGGGGCGCUGGCGCAGCGUGCGCAGCACGUCGCGGACGCGCUGCGGGCGGCCGGCUUCCAGCCGGGCACGCCCAUCGCGGUGGACAUGGUGCUGACGGUGGACGCGCUGGUCAUCUACCUGGGCUGCGUGCUGGCGGGGUGCGUGGUUGUGUCCAUCGCCGACUCCUUCUCCGCGGAGGAGAUCGCGAGCCGGCUGCGCAUCAGCGCCGCGCGCGCAGUGUUCACGCAGGACGCGAUCACGCCGCUGCGCGCGGGCGCGGACGCCCACUUCCAUCAGGACGUGAGGCCGGGGGACGUGGUGGCCUGGCCCACCAGCCUGGGCUGGAUGAUGGGGCCCUGGCUGGCCUACGCCGCGCUGCUCAACGGCGCGGCCAUCGCGCUCUUCCACGGCGCGCCCACGGGCAGGCCCUUUGGCCAGUUCGUCGCCGCCGCGCGCGUCAACGUCCUGGGCGUGGUCCCCAGCAUCGUCAAGGCCUGGCGUGCCAGCGGCUGCAUGCAGGGCCUGGACUGGUCGGCGCUGCGAUGCUUCAGCUCCACGGGCGAGGCCUCCGCGCCGGAGGACAGCCUGUGGCUGUCGGCCCGCGGCGGCUACAAGCCCGUGGUGGAGUACUGCGGCGGCACCGAGCUGGGCGGCGCCUUCAUGUCCUGCACCCUGGUCCAGCCCCAGGCGCCCUCCACCUUCUCCGGCCCCGUGCUGGGGUCCCAGCUGGUGCUGCUGGCGCGCGGCGGCGGGCUGUCGCCCCACGGCGACCCAGCGCGCCUGGCGGGCGAGGCCGCGCUGGGCACGCCGUCCCUGGGCCAGUCCCAGACGCUGCUGAACCGCGACCACGCCGCCGCCUACCACGCGGGCAUGCCGCCCGGGCCGGGGGGGAGGUACGGCCUGCGCCGCCACGGCGACGAGGUCGAGCGGCUGGGGGGGGGGUUGUACCGCGCGCUGGGCCGCGCCGACGACACCAUGAACCUGGGCGGCAUCAAGACCAGCUCUGCGGAGCUGGAGCGCGCCGUGACGGCGGGCGUGGAGGGGGCCACCGACAACGACCCGGCAAGCUCGAAACACCUGGCGGCCGCCGCGCAGCGUGCCAUCUCGCAGCGGCUGAACCCGCUGUUCCGGGUGCACAGGGUGCUGGUGCGCCAGGCGCUGCCCCGCAACGCGGCCAACAAGGUCAUGCGCCGCGUGCUGCGCGACGAGCUGGUGGCCACCCAGUCCAAGCUCUGA